AGCUUAAACCAAAAAGCUUAAAUAACUUAAAUUGUAAUUUUAUCAUAAUUUAUUAUAUCUCAACUCUGAACAGUGAUAAAGUGCAAAGUUUUUGAUAAAAAAAAAUAUAUAAAUAUAAUACCUGACGUAAUUUCACUUUUAGAAUUUAUUAUUUACUGUCAUUCUGUUAAAAUAAAUCAAUACAAUAAAAGGUAUGGUUAAUCUCAUCGAUACACUUAUGAUUAAUACGGUGACGGAAGGAGCUAUGAAUGUUUUGCGCAAUAUAGGCGUGUUGAAAACCAAAUCUGAUAUCUCUCCUCCACCCAUAAUAAUCAAAAUGCCACUAUGGGAAUUAGCGCGAGAAGCCGGCCCCUUUGUGAGGCUAGCUGGCUUAAGUGGUGCUUCUGCCGUUAUUCUGGGAGCAAUGGGCGCUCACCGCACUUUUCCAGAAACGGAAACAAAAGAAGACCUUAAGAAAAUAUUUGAAACUGCAAACAGAUUUCAUUUUCUCCACACACUGGCUCUGAUGACAGUGCCUCUUUGCAGAAGACCAUACAUUGCUGGUGCAUUCUUUAUUACUGGAAUGGGGCUCUUCUGUGGAACAUGUUACUACCAUGCCUUCACUGGUGAACGAGCACUACGUCGUCUUACUCCAAUUGGUGGUUCUUGUCUCAUUCUGGGGUGGAUUGCAAUGGUAAUUUAAAUUGGAUUUGUGUAUUGACAUUGUAGCAAAAAUGUAUGUCGUAUAGGUGAAAGGUGUAAAUUAGUCAUUCCAAUAAUUCUGUAAUAUCUUUGUUAUUAACUUUUGUGAUAGAUAAAACAUACAACAAAUACAGUAGUCCAUUAUAAAAGUUUUAGGAAUUUAUCUAUCAGACAUACUACACAAGUUUUGAAAAGCUCUUUAUUAAAUUUAGAUAAAAUUCAACUUUGUUUAUGAUAAAUGUAAUAUUUGUUUGUGAGAGUAAACUGAUUCCAAGUAUAUCCAUAAAAUAUCCAAUAUAAAUUGGCGUUAUCUUUUUUUAUGAUAAUUUGAUAACACUAAGAAAUAUUACAUUAUAUUGUCAAAUAUCUAAACUAGUAAUCAAUUUGUAAUUAUUCAUAUUAAUAGUAUAAUUUCUUGUAAAUAUUACAGAAUUAUUUAUUUCAUUAGUUUAAUUUGUGUGUCAUGGUUUUUGUUUAAAUAUAAAUAAGAAAUACUUGGAUUAUUGUUAGACAAAAUGUUUAUUAAUUAUAUGUUUCGAAAAAAAAAUAAGUUUUUUACAUUUGAAACAGAAAUUUGCCUCUCUUUAACAGAUUGAAUGUGAAUAUUGGGUGGAUGCCAUGCUUCUAUUAAUAUCAAGUCUACCAAUAUAACAUUUUGAAGUGAAUGAUAUGAAAAAAAAAAACAAAUAUUUGGAUCAAUAUUGUUUACAUGGUUUUAUUGAAAUUGUUACAUAUUAAAUUUUGCACUUUCUCUUUACACAUUUAUGAUCUUAA